AUGCCACCGGGUGAAUACAAGUGUUCGAUAUAUUUGAUCGGACCUCGGCCGGGGAGUCCAGGACGAUAUUUGAGCACGGUUCAAACGGGAAAAGCCAACUGCGGCUCGGACAACAAACUCACCCCUGCCGAACGUGACUACUUCGUCAAGGCCUGCAACAAUUCCGUUUACAAGGGUCUGACGCACAGCUUCAGCUUGGAAAGCACCGUGCCUAGCAGUUUCAAGGACAACCCAGACGAACCGGAUCGCACCUUCGGGGAUUACCUCUGCACCAAAGUCAUCCAACCCAACGGCUGCGGCUUCCAGUACGCGAUCUACAUGAGCGAAUGUGGGGGAGAAGCAUACGACACGGGAUUCCGAGGGCCCGAGCCUAUCUGUUGCAAGGCAAAUCCGUUCACACAGGAGAACAAAUACAUUUCUUGUUCCCAAUGGACGCCUAGGGAAGACCGACCCAUCCCUCCUCUCUGCAAGCCUUUCGUCCGACCAUAAGGAGUGGAGCAUCAAAGUACCAGCAAAAAAAAAUCCAUGUACAUGUUGUACAACCCGAUCCGCUUUCAACUUUUCCCGGUCCUGAAGAAUAAAGAUAUUUUCCGAGUCC